CGUGCUUCUCCGCUGACCGGGACGCCAACCGGAUGCACCACCACGGCCACCAUCACGGCCACCACCACGGCCACCAUCACCACAGCCACCACAGCCAGAUGGUGGCCAGUCGGUUCGCGUACUUCAACGCCCAGGCCGCCGUGGCCGCGGCGUUCCUACCGCAUAACAUGAACUCACUGGCCGCUGCCGUGGGCAUGACCGCCGCCGCGGCCGCCAACAACAACGGUGGAGCGCCGCUCUCGCUCACCUCCAAUCACUCGGCCGCCGCAGCCGCCGCUGCAGCCGCCGCCGCUGCCGGAUUAAGUCAUUUAAAUCAUCAAGAGUCGGGCAAGGACUACAGUAAUGAAGCUAUGACAACGUCAUUUGGUUCCAACAAGAAGAAGAAAAAAAGAAGGCACAGGACUAUAUUUACCAGUUAUCAAUUAGAAGAAUUAGAAAAGGCGUUCAAAGACGCUCAUUACCCGGAUGUCUAUGCAAGAGAAAUGUUAUCCUUAAAAACAGAUUUGCCAGAAGAUCGAAUACAGAUGGUGCAAGCCAAAUAUGAAUAA